GAAGAAGAGUAGGGGGAGACAACUGAGGACCAUCUUCCAGACAUUUCAAUCUUCUGUCGCACAAAACUUCUGGGUUUGCUGCUAUGACCAAGCUUGUGCCUUUAUCGGUAGUGCUGGUCCUGCUGCUGUCUCUGAACUGGUCUAGAGGGGCUGUUAUCACAGGGGCGUGCGAUAAGGAUAUGCAGUGUGGUCUUGGUUUGGAUAUGCAGCCUGUGGUCUUGGUUUGUGAGGGCGAUGCUGUCACCCCUACAGCCAUAAGGUGUGAUUAUGUGGGACCUAUGAGUGUCACCUCUAUAGCCAUAAGAUCCCUUACAGCAGUGUCCCCCUACAGCCAUAAGGUAGCGAUUAUGUGGGACCUACAAGUGUCACCCCUACAGGUGGGACCUACGAGUGUCAUCCCUUACAGCCAUAAGGUUCCUUUUGCUGGGAAGAGACUGCACCACACAUGCCCGUGUCACCCUCACCUGGCGUGCACAAGGUAUACAGACACCAGAUACAGGUGUACCAGCGACUUCAAAAAUCUAGACUUUUGACAGAAAGGACUCAGACCAAAAGCAGAAGAAUCAAAUCAAUAGACAGCUGUGGAAAUACUUGAAGGAGAGACACUGGGAAAAACGAGAGACAACCAUCAUGACCACCUGUCUUCUCAUUACAGUACAUCUCAUAAACAGUCCACUGCAGCAUAAAACAUCCAAGUCAACACUGUAAAUCAUUCCUGAUUUAAUGACAAAUGUAAUGAAUUUCAGCACUAUUAAUUAUGAAUUUAUAAUGCAUUUUCCCAAAUAUAUAUAUAUAUGACCAAUAUUUUCAGUGUGUAAGGUCAGGGGAUAAAAGUAUUUUUUGUUUUUUGGUUAUUUAUUUGAUGUGCGGUCCUCUGAGUGUUC